GGUGUUUUCACGCAUCAUAUCAGGUAUCACACACAAACUCCAAAAUCUCUUUCUUUUUCUCUCUGUAAUUUUCUGGGUCCACUGAAAAAGCUAAGAAGAAGAUGGAGAUUGAUCUUUCUCCCAAGCUGGUGAAGAAAGUUUAUGGUGGCGAUGGUGGGUCCUACCACGCCUGGUCCCCCUCUGAACUUCCCAUGCUUCGCGAAGGUAACAUUGGUGCCGCCAAACUCUCUCUGCGCAAAAACGGUUUCGCCCUUCCUCGAUAUUCUGACUCUUCCAAAGUCGCUUAUGUUCUUCAAGGAAGUGGAGUGGCUGGAAUAGUGUUGCCUGAAUCAGAAGAGAAGGUUGUUGCAAUCAAGAAAGGGGAUGCGCUGGCACUCCCCUUUGGUGUUGUGACAUGGUGGUAUAACAAAGAAGAAACUGAGUUGAUUGUUCUGUUCCUUGGAGACACUUCCAAGGCUCACAAGGCUGGUGAAUUCACUGAUUUUUUUCUGACUGGUUCCAAUGGAAUCUUCACGGGAUUUUCCGCUGAGUUUGUGGGCAGGGCUUGGGACUUGGAAGAGAGUGAUGUCAAGACCCUUGUUGGAAAACAAUUGGGCAAAGGGGUUGUGCAGUUGGACGGAAGCAUCACACUACCGGAGCCUAAACCGGAGCACCGGAUUGGCAUGGCCUUGAACUGUGAAGAGGCUCCAUUGGAUGUUGACAUCAAGGGUGGUGGAAGGGUUGUGGUGUUGAACACCAAGAAUCUUCCCUUGGUUGGUGAUGUUGGGCUAGGGGCUGACCUUGUGAAGUUGGAUGGAGGAGCCAUGUGCUCUCCAGGAUUCUCUUGUGAUUCUGCUUUGCAGGUUACAUAUAUCAUCAGAGGUAGUGGUCGGGUUCAGGUUGUUGGAGUUGAUGGUCAUAGGGUUUUGGAGACAACUAUAAAAGCUGGUAAUUUGUUCAUUGUGCCAAGGUUUUUUGUUGUCUCAAAAAUUGCUGAUCCAGAGGGAAUGGAGUGGUUCUCUAUAAUCACCACCCCUAAUCCUAUAUUUACCCACUUGGCUGGAAGUUCUUCUGUGUGGAAGGCUUUAUCACCUUCUGUUCUGCAAGCUGCUUUCAAUGUAGAUUCAGGAGUGGAGCAACUGUUCCGUUCAAAGAGGACUUCCGAUGCUAUUUUCUUCCCUCCACCAAAUUAGAAUAAACAUUCCACCAAUCCACCAUUAUCGAUUGGUUGUGAAGGUUCCCCCAUCCUGUCUUAUCUUAACGGAAAAUAAAAGGGGUAACGUGUUGAGGAAUUACCGAAUUAGUGGAAUUACUUCACUGUUUUAAAGUGUUUUCUUUAUUUUACUCGAAUUAUUACCAAUUCACGUUACAUGCUCUUUGAUCCUUUCUUUUUAACCUA